AUGUCCAAACUUUGUUCCCCUUUAUUCCUCCUCGUUCUCCUUUCAAUCCUUACGUAUGGAAACUGUAACGAAUUUUCCAGAAAAUUAUCGAAGAAAGCAAUGGGUUUAAAGAGAGAGAAACUUAGCCACCUUCACUUCUUCUUCCAUGACAUAGUGAGUGGAAAAAACCCAACGGCGGUGAAAAUAGCAGAAGCCGCCGUGACCAACAGGUCAGCCACUGGAUUUGGUUUAAUGGCAAUGAUUGACGACCCUUUAACAGUUGGACCAGAAGCAAACUCGAAAAUAGUUGGAAGAGCACAAGGGAUGUAUGCACAAGCUUCAAUCAAUGAUAUUGGUUUAUUGAUGGUACUUAACUUUGUUUUUGUUGAAGGAAAGUAUAAUGGGAGUAGCUUAAGUGUUUUGGGACGGAAUUCGGUGAUGUCAAUUGUUCGGGAGAUGCCUAUUGUCGGGGGAAGUGGGCUUUUCAGAUUUGGUCGUGGUUAUGUUCAGGCGAAGACUCAUACUUUCGAUUUCAAGACUGGUGAUGCUGUUGUCGAAUACAAUGUCUAUGUCUUCCAUUAUUGA